AUAACUUUUACAUAUUGGCUAGUUUAAAAGAUUAAAAUGGCUUCUGGGCACCCCAAACCACGUAUGUUCACUGGAACAGUGACGAAAAUGCAUGAAAAUUUUGGAUUUAUUGACGAUGAUGUUUUCUUUCAAUUGGCAGUUUGUGAUGGAAAAAUUCCCAACAUUGGAGAUCGUGUUGUUGUGGAAGCCCAGUACAAUCCUAAUAUGCCAUUUGAAUGGAAUGCAUCUCGUGUUCAAUUUGUAGCACAUCAGCAACAAUCAGGAAUUGUACAAAUGCAGGGAAGCCACUACAAUGCCAAUCGAUCUCAGUUUCCUCAAGGAUUGAAGUUUGUAUCAGGACAUGGCGGUGUUGGAUUACUUGGUGCUGCCCCGAUCAAUGUAAUAAACCAACAACAACCAAGGAUUCCUCAACCUCGUCGUCAGCAAGGAGGAAAGAAACGAAAUGCUCAAAGGUCAGCUGCUGUGGAUCAUUCUUCCUCACCACGUCGUAAAAGUCGAGAAAAGGACCAAUACAAAAAGCGGAGAACAAGAACUCCACCAAAGAAACAAUCCCCUGGAAAUCGUCGUGGUGUAUCUGCUGAUAAGAUGCCUAGACGUCCUGCUCCUCGAUAUAUGAUUCAAUAUGCAAAACGACAACUCACAAGAAAAUCUUCUGAUGUUAUGAGUCUGAAACAAGCUUUUUCAAGUUUGUAUAUUCCAAGUGAUGUCUUCUCUGUUGGAUACAACUGGCAUAAGAGUUUUACUUUGGAACAACCAUUAUCUGCUAGAAAAUGUUAUUUUCAUAUUUUGCACAAGGAUGUUGAGACUUUGGAAAAACUCGAUUCUAAGGCAAUGAGCCCCUCAGAUGCUGAUCAUACCUGGUCGGCAAAGGUGAUGUUGCUUCAAAUUCCGAACAAAGAGGAAAUUUAUAAUCAAUGUUGUAAAUUUGCUGAAGAUGAUUCAGAUACUUUUCUUCAUCAAUCUCGCUUAUUUAAGUUUCUUGUUGGGUGUAAAGGAAAAAAGGAGCAGAUGGCGAUCGGUGGCCCCUGGUCACCAUCAUUGGAUGGACUUUAUCCGGGUACUGAUCCUGGGACUCUCAUUCGUACAGCUAUUCGUACAUGCAAAAAUCUUACUGGAAUUGAUUUGAGCAAUUGUACCCAGUGGCGUCGUAUGCUGGAAAUCCAGUAUCAUCGCGGUGCUGAGGUUCAUAAGGGCCACACGAUUCCAGCCAGAGUGGAAACAACAGUUAUAUUUCUUCCCGAUGUCCACUCUUGUAUGCUGUCAUCUAUUGAGUACAAUUCGCUACGUACCAGCUACAUUGAUAAGUGUGAGGCCGUUAUCAAGGCCAAACAGGAAGCUGCAGAGAAUAGUGCCGCAGAUAAACUUGCUUCUGAGAACGUUGAGGAGAAACAAGACCCAGAUGCUGAUGCUAAGAAUGAUGUACCCAGUGAUCAGAAGGAGACUGUAAAAUCUGCUACUGACGUAGAUGAGGUUAUGUCAAACCCGGAAAAUGAAGUUUAUACUACAUUGGAUGAGAGUACUGAUGCAGUCGAGUCUACUGAAAAGGAAACAAAUGAAAACGACCCAGGAAAAACUCUCGAUUCAAAACUUGAUAUUAAAAGUUUGAAAGUUCCCACUCUGAGAAAAGAACUAGAGGCAAGAGGACUGUCACCCCGGGGAUUGAAGAAUGCAUUAAUACAAAGAUUAACUGAUGCUGUAGAGGCAGAAGAAAAGUCUGCAUCGGAGUCCAAAGAUGUUGAAAUGAAAGAAGAAAAUGUGAAAAAUGGAGAAAAUCCAGAAAAAUUAGUAAAAGAGGAAUCCAUGCAGGAGGAUGAGAAGGCACCAACAGUCGAAAAGGUAAAACAAGAGAAGAUGGAGGAGGAGGUAGAAAUGAAACAAGAGGAAACAAAAGAAGAAGAAUCUACCAAACAAGAAAAAACUGACGAAAAGACAGAAGACAAAGACAAUACUGAUAAACCAAUACUGAAACCAAUAAAGAUUGAUGUCGAUAGAAUCAAGCGACAUUACACUCUACCUGAAAAUAAUCCUGGUAUUCCAGUUCAUCCAAAUGCUCAGUUUAAGAAAGGAAAUUUUGACUGUUCAACAACUUCUUUGUCUAGUUUGCUUGCGUACCGCAUUGAAGAUAACAAAGAAAGCAUUUUCGAGGUCUCUGUUUUUGCUGAAGCAUUUUACGAGAUGUUACAACGACAACAUGCAUUCAAUAUAUAUACUGCUCUAUCCAACCCACUUCCUGAGUUGAAAGUUGAAGAAGAAGAAAAAACUGAGGAAAAUGAGGAUAAAAAAGAAACACAAAAUGAUGAGGAAGAUAGUGAGCCAAAAGCAAAGAAAAGCAAGAGUGAAUCUGAAGAUACUGAAGAAAAGAAUAAUGAAAAAGGCGAAACAGUUGACAAAUCAGAAGAAGAGAAUUUGAAAAAGGAAAAACUGGACGAUGAUAAAAAAUCUGAUCGUAAGCGUUCACAUUCUCAAGAUAGCAAAAGUAGCAAGAAAACUGACAAAUCUUCCAGAGAAAAAGAAGGAAAAGUUCCACAAAAGCCUGCUGAAAAACUUGUGACACUGCGUAAAGAUUUAUUGUUGUCGUUUGUAUUCUUUGACCAAACACAAUGUGGAUAUAUUAAAGCAAGUGACAUGAAUGACAUCAUUCACUCCAUUGGACUUGGCCUUUCUCGUUCUCAGAUUUCCAAAUUGUUGGCUAAAUAUAUAGAACGAGAUCAGAUCCAAUACAGAAAGCUGAUAGACUUUCCAGAAUCAAAGUUAGAACAAUACAAAGAAUUAUUGGAAAAUGCUGAGAAGGUUGAUAUCGCCACACUAGCUAAUGGAAACAAAAAGCUGCUGCCUAGUACAUCUGUAUGCAAUGGUGAUAGGAAACAUUCAAUGCCUGCCGAAAGCAAUGGAAUUGUGGUUUUCGAUGGAACUGUCAUUGAUAUUAAAUCAUUACAACGGAAAUUAUCAUCUAGUGAAGAAGAUCGUGCAGAUUUAGAAAUUUCUUUGGAAAAGUUGAAGAAGGAUCUUGAUGAUACUAACAAAAUUUUGACAAAAACGCAAGAUGAGAAGAAAAUACUACAUGAUAACUAUGAGUCCACUAAGAAAAGAUUGAGCGAGACAGAGGAAGGUUUGAAGUCCACUCAAGACGUCAAAGAGAAAUUUGAGAAAACACUAAAGAGCAUAGCGUUUAGUGUUGAGACUGUAUUGCCAGAAAAAAUACAACCAAGCAAAGAUUGAUUCCUAGAAAUGCAGGGAAUAUUGUUGAUUGGUGAGUUGUAGAUACUAGCUUUGCAAUGCAUUCUACACCCUGGUCGACUUAUAUGGAAUGUGGUAGCUGAAGAGCUUAAGAUACCUGGGGUCUGGCAAUGAUUUUUUAUGGACUAUUUUGCCGUGAUUUCAUGCAAGCUGUAAAUAAAGCUAUUUGCUUAUUUCAAAUAUGCGUGAUCUUUCUUCUGUGAA